AUGGGCAACAAAGGAACAAAUGAGCAUGGAUACCGUUUGAAGGUGACAGCCGGUCCAGUCCAUGACCGCGACACUCAUCAAGUAGUACCCGUGAAUGGCGAGACGCUACGCAUUGAAAACGAGCAUGCGAUUGUGAGAUAUCCCGAAGAUUCGCCAACCACCAGCCCUUACUUUGAGCAUCCUCUACACACCAAAGAUUUGUACUCCAUAUGCUUCGCAAUAGUCUUCAAGGAGCGCGUGAAUGGCAACAACCUCAUGUUCGGCAAUGAUUUCGAUCAUCCCAUCCGCGAUGUCCUGCCGCCGGGCUUCAAUGCCGCUUUGCGGAUGGUCAAAUGGACACUUGAUCCAGGACUAGAUGGUGAUGUCUACGCAGAUGAACCAUACCUCUUCAGUCCUGCAUUGGCAACAUGGGACAUAUUCCGAAUAGGGGAUAAGAUGAGCAAGUCCGACGAGGUCCCAAAUUUCCAUGACGAGGUGGUUGAAGAAGGCGCAUAUAGCGAGGAGGCUGCCGAGAAUCGACGGCAGUUCAACAUUCCUGACACAGUCGAGGGGCGGAGAAAGCAUUUCCAAGAUGAAGCCAAUAGGAAAGACUUUGAUUUCGAGCCAGGCAGGAUGUAUGUGGCUGACUUCGGGAAUCCUUACUUGGCUUUCAGUGACUUCUCGGUUCGGCUUCCUGGGUUUACAUUGCAUGCCAUGAAAUACGUGGAUCCGAAGAAUCACGAACUGCGAUACACUCUCAAGGACACGUCUACUGGGCAGGUAUAUCUUUCUUUGGUGUUUUCUGUGGUCCUCCCUGAAAUAGAAGAUAAGCAAGAGACGAGCAAUGGCAGCAAAGAGGGAAAUGAUGAGUUGGGAAAGUUUGAUUGGGAGCCUGAGCCAGCGGCUGGUGAUGUUGAAUGA